CAUUAUAAUUUAUAGCUAGAAUCUAUAGAAACUGAUAAGAAUCAACUUCAAUUUUAAGAGUGAUUAUCUUAAAUACACAUGACACAACUGAACAUAAUAACAUAGUAGGCGGAACAGUGAGGUUAUCUUUUAGACGUUUAGUGAAAUAGGUACCGUACCUACUUUUUAUCAAUAGAUAAAUCAAUUAAUUUAAAUACAUAUUCAAGUAAUAAAGUAUUUUCCCAUAAAAUAUGGCAUUGAAACGCGUCCUGAUUGUAAACAAGACAUACCCUGAAGCGGGAAUAAAGUUAUUAAAAACCAAAUUAGAACCUGUCAUAAUACCACAUUUGGAUCAUGAGUCUGAAAGUAUCUUGGAAAUAAAAAAAGAAAUAGCUACUGGCUUUGAUGCUUUAAUAUGGAACACUAAACAUCGGCUUACGGGAGAAAUAUUGGAUUUGGCAGGUCCGAGACUAAAAGCCGUAUCAACAAUGGCGUCUGGAAUAGACCACAUUGAUGUUAAUGAAAUAGUAAAACGUAAUCUAACUCUGGGGAAUACACUCAACGUGUUAGACGAUGCAGUAGCUGAUAUUACUGUGGGACUUCUUAUAGGUGCUGCAAGACGUUUUAAAGAAGGAAUUAGAGAAUUGGAAAGUGGAGAAUGGAAGUUUGGUGUGCAGUGGAGCCUUGGACAGGAUAUAGCAAGAAGUACAGUGGGCAUUGUUGGACUUGGAGGUAUUGGUCAGGCCAUUGUCAGAAGAUUGAAAGGGUUUGAUGUGGCAAAGUUCAUUUACAGUGGUCGCACUGAUAAACCUGAAGCUAAGGCAUUGGGAGCAGAGCGCGUGUCUUUGGAGCAAUUGCUAAAAGAAAGUGACUUUGUCAUACUAUGUUGUCCUUUAUCAAAAGAUACUAAGCAUUUGAUUAACUCUGAGACUUUGAAAAUUAUGAAAACUACUGCUGUACUAGUGAAUAUCGGCAGAGGAGGGUUAAUCGAUCAAAAGGCACUUUACGAUGCCUUAAAAGAUGGUCAAAUUUUCUCUGCAGGCCUUGAUGUAACUUCACCAGAACCGUUACCUAAAGAUGAUCCACUCAUAUCUUUGCCAAACUGCUUUAUAAUUCCCCAUCUAGGCAGCGCCACUGUGGAAACUAGAAAUGCCAUGGCGUGUAUAGCAGCAAACAAUAUACUUUUAGCUCUUGAUGGAAAACCUAUGUUAUAUCCUGUAUUCUAAUUAUAUUUUUAUCUAAUUAAAGCAAUUGUUAUUGUAUGAAAAAUAAACUGGAAUAUUGUUACAGA